GAAGUAAACAUGGCAGAUGUUAGCUUGGCAGAUAUCGGCUGGAAACUGUUGGAGUUCAAAGCCAGAUCUAAACGCUCAGUGUAAUUUAGCUGAAAGACGAUUGGCCUAAAGUGCACCUUUUGAGCAUGGCCAUCUCAACAAAUGAGAUUUCCACCGGCCUUCGGAAACUUCGCAGACAUGGCUCCAUUUAUGAACCUCUUAAACUCUCUCAAAUUCAUCGGGAGGAUGAGCCUUUGUGGGAGAAGCUAGACCGCUAUUACAUUUCAGUGAAGGCAACCAUUCUGAACAACCAGAGCCCCACGACUGGUCUUUUCCCUGUGAAGACCUGCUCAACAUGCAGGGAGGCCAAAGUGAGGGACUGCCUCUACUGCGCAGCCAGCAUCUGGGCUCUGGCCAUGGCCUACAGGCGCAUGGAUGACGACAUGGGACGCACCCACGAGCUGGAACACUCCGCCAUCAAGUGUAUGAGGGGCAUCCUGUACUGCUACAUGCGCCAGGCAGACAAGGUAGAGGAGUUCAAGCAAGACCCGAACCCCGCCAAGUGUCUCCACUCGGUAUUCGACUUGCACACGGGAGACGAGGUGUACUCGUACGAGGAUUACAACCAUCUGCAGAUCGAUGCGGUGUGUCUCUUCCUGCUGUAUUUGGUGGAGAUGAUUUGCUCCGGCCUCCAGAUCAUCUACAACACAGAUGAGGUGGCUUUCAUCCAGAACGUUGUGUUCUGCGUGGAGAGGGCGUACCGGGUGCCCGACUUUGGCAUGUGGGAGAGAGGAAGCAAGUACAACAACGGAAGCACUGAACUGCACUCCAGCUCUGUUGGAAUGGCCAAGGCAGCCCUGGAGGCCAUCAAUGGAUUCAACCUGUUUGGAAAUCAGGGCUGCUCGUGGUCAGUCAUCUUUGUGGAUCUAGAUGCUCACAAUCGGAACAGGCAGACCCUGUGUUCCCUUCUGCCCAGGGAGUCCAGAUCUCAUAACACGGACGCCGCUCUCCUGCCCUGCAUCAGCUACCCGGCCUUCGCGGUGGACGACGACGCCCUCUACUCCCAGACGCUGGACAAGAUCGUGCGCAAGCUCAAGGGCAAGUACGGCUUCAAGCGCUUCCUCCGCGACGGCUACCGCACUGCCAACGAGGACAAGAAGCGGCGCUACUACAAACCGGCCGAGAUAAAGGACUUUGAUGGCAUCGAGUGCGAGUUCCCAAUCUUUUUCAUCUACAUGAUGAUUGAUGGCGUGUUCCGUGGAAAUUCCUCUCAAGUUAAGGAAUACCAGGGACUUCUGGAGGCAGUCAUGUUCCAGAAUUUUGACGGUAACGCCAUCGUCCCCAAGUACUACCACGUGCCAGCAGACUUUGUGGAGGCCGAACAGAAGAAGCACGGCAGCCAGAAGCGGUUCCCCAACUGCACAGGCCAAGACGGCCAACUCUUCCUCUGGGGCCAGGCCAUGUACACCAUCGCCAAACUACUGGUGGACGGCCUGAUUAGCCCUAAGGACAUCGACCCCAUCCACCGCUACGUGCCGCGGCAGGACCAGAGGAACGUGAGCAUGAGAUACUCCAACCAGGGCCCUAUUGAGAACGAUGUGGUCAUACAUGUUUCCCUGAUUGCUGAAAGUCAAAGACUCCAGGUAUUCCUGAACACCUACGGCAUCCAGACACAGACCCCCCAACAGGUGGAGCCCAUCCAGAUCUGGCCCCAAAGAGAGCUGGUCAAGGCUUACCGCUUCUUGGCCGCCAACAAGAAGCUUGGUUUGAGUGGCCGCCCUGACAGACCGGUGGGCUGCCUUGGUACCUGCAAGACGUAUCGCAUCUUGGGAAAGACUGUGGUGUGCUACCCCAUCGUCUUUGACCUGAGCGAUUUCUACCUGUCCCAAGACGUCAUGCUGCUGAUCGAUGACAUCAAGAACACACUGCAGUUCACCAAGCAGUGCUGGAAGAUGAAGGGCCGACCCCUCGUCCUAGUCCUGAUCAGGGAGGACAACAUCAAGGGGAGCCGUUUCAAUCCAAUUCUGGACAUGCUGGCAUCUUUCAAGAAGGGGAACAUUGGAGGGGUCAAAGUUCAUGUAGAUAGACUUCAGACUCUGAUAUCAGGGGCUGUGACUGAACAACUGGACUUCCUGCGUGUGAACGAAGCAGAGAUCACCGAGUUUAAGAGUUUUGAGGAGCUGGAGCUGCCCAAGCACUCCAAGGUGAAGCGUCAGACAAGCACGCCCAAUGCCUCGGACCUGGAGCAACAGCCGGACAUCAACAUGGACGAGUGGCGCCACAAAUCUACUCAGGAAAUCAUACAGAAAUUCCAUGAUUGUGACUGCCUGACCAGUCAAGCCCAGCUGGCCAGCGUUCUCCUCCAGAAGGAAGGUCCACAGUUUAUUGCUAACGAUGAGAACCUGAAGGACGAGCUGGAGAGGAUCUAUCGUAGAGCCGGGAGCAGGAAGCUUUGGCUGGCGGUGCGUUCCGCUGCGGCCAUAAUCGAGAAGUGUGCCAGCUCUAUAGCUCCUCAUAUCACAACCAUAUUGGUCAAUGGCAAGCAGGUCACGCUGGGGCUCUUUGGGCAAGAGGAGGAGGUGAUCUCCAACCCGCUGUCCCCCGGGGUCAUCAAGGGGAUCAUCUACAGCAAGUGCUCCAAGGAGCGCGAGGCCGUGCUGCAGCAGGAGCUGGUCAUCCACAUCGGCUGGAUCAUCUCCAACAACCCGGAGCUCUUCCAUGGCAUGCUCAAGAUCCGCAUCGGGUGGAUUGUUCAGGCUAUGAAGCACGAGUUGAAGAUCCGCGCAGGGGACAUGGCAACCCAGGACAUCUACCAGAUGUCCCCCAGUGAGGUCAAACAGCUGCUUCUGGACGUGCUCCAGCCGCAGCACACCAGCCGGUCCUGGUUGCACAGGCGUCAAAUCGAUGGCGCUCUUAACCGCACGCCACGGGGCUUCUAUGAUCGCGUGUGGCAGAUCCUCGAGAGAACUUGUAAUGGCAUCAAGGUGGCCGGAGUCCAGCUCCCUCAGCAACCCACGCUAUCGGACAUGACCAUGUACGAGAUGAACUUCUCCUUGCUUGUUGAGGACAUGCUGAAGAACAUUGUGUUACCUGAAUACAGGCAAAUUAUUGUGGAGCUUCUGAUGGUGGUCUCCAUUGUGCUGGAGAGAAAUCCAGAGCUGGAGUUCCAGGAGACAGUGGAUCUGGACCACCUGGUCAAAGAAGCUUUUGCCGACUUCCAGCGUGACCGCAAGCAUGAAGGGAAGCAGGAUGGCAUGGAGAUCUUCUACAACACACCGGCCUUAGGCAAGAGAGGCACAUCCAGCUAUCUGACUAAGGCUGUUAUGAUCCAGCUGCUUCAGGGCGAUGUUAAACCCAGCAAGGAUGACCCUUGUUCUGUUAGCUGAACAUGUAGACAUUAACGCUAAUCCCUGUAUUUGGUUAAUACCCCGAUAGAUUUAGUGUGAUUGAAAAAGGGUUUUAAGCAAUGCUGGCAGUCUUUAAGGUAUCAGAAGCCUUGUGUAUGAUGCAUAACAUUCAAAGAUGUGAUGGAAUAUGCAGGUUACAUCGAUCCUCAACAAGUAAAUGGCAGCAGAUUAAUGCGGGGAUUGAUUGUUACUCAGUAGAUAGACUGUUACUAUCCAGUGAGUCUGUAUGUGUUUUAUUUCUCUUCUUCUCGUGUCUGAAUAGUGAAAAUCCUACCGCAGCAUUUUCACCUACUGGCAUGCAAUUGCAUGCAGUGAGUAAAGCAUGGAGUAACUUCGGUGUUGUGUAACUGAUGUUGCUUUAGUUUCUUAACCUGCCAUCUUAGUGCCACUCUUUGCCUUUGUUUGACAACUUCACUGUGAGUAACUUUAAUAUAUUUUAAAAGAAGAGGACUGCAGAUUGUGCAGAUAGCUCAGUCUACUACUGUUUGAAUGAAUGUUGAUCUUUAGUUUUAUUGUUUGUGGGUGAUCCCUUUCUUAUGAUAUUGCUUUGACAAGUAACAUUUUCACAGUUUUGGAUCUCAGUCAUUGGAUCAUGUUUUGUUUGAAAAAAAUAAAUAAACUAUCAAUGUUAUUUACUGUGUGA